ACAAAUUUACUGCACAAGAAAAUAGCAAAAAAACAAAACACAAAGAGGAUGCAUGCAUGCAUGCAAAGAGGGCUUCCCAUGUUUGUCGCUCAGCCAUCGCCCCGGCUUGUCCCGCGUGCUAUAGUGAGUCCUUGGCUGGCUGCCAUCUUGCACGCAAGUCAUCCGGCGCGCCAUGGAAAAUUCCCCAUUCUUCCCGGCGCUCUAUUCCCUGCUGCCCCCUCCACCCGUGCUCUCCUCGCCCCAAGCCCCUGGCCGCCCAUGUCGCUGGAUGCGCCGCCCGGCGCGCACCUGCACGGGGAGCUCACCGUCAACAAGAGCCUCUUCUGCUUCCCGCCCAACAACUCCGCUGCCACCUCCUCCGGCGUCUUCGCCGGCGACGACCCGCUCAAGUUCUACUUCCCGCUGCUCCUCUACCAUGUCUGCACCGUCUUCGCGCUCUCCCGCGCCAUCCACGCCAUGCUCCGCGGCGCCAACGUCCCCCUCGUCAUCUCCCAGAUCCUCGCCGGCGCGCUGCUCGGGCCAUCCUUCCUCGGCAAGGUGCUCCCGCACGCCGGCGAGCUCUUCGCCACGCCGGAGGGGUGGGUGCAGAUCAACACGGUUGGGGGCUACGCCUUCAUGCUGCAGAUCUUCGUCGUCGGCGUAAAGACGGACCUCGGCAUGAUCGUCAAGUCCGGCAAGAAGGCCGUCGCCAUCGCCUUCUUCGGCACCGCUGCGCCGCACCUCACCAUGUUCGCUGCGGGCGCCGCGCUCAAGGCGCGCGUGCCGGCGGCCUGGAAGGCCACCUUCAUGCUCACCAACCUCAACUCGUGGUGGUCGCUCUCCGCGUUCAUCGUGGUCUGCUGCACGCUGGACGACCUCAACCUCCUCUCCUCCAAGCUCGGCCGCCUUGCCAUGUCCUCCGCGCUCAUCGGCGACUUCGCCAACACCUUCUCCAUCGCCGGCGUCACGUCCUACCUCCUCGCGUCGAGCCCCUCGGAGAAGAUCCAGCGGAUCGGCUUCCUGUCCCUCAUCACCUUCAGCGUCUUCAUCGGGUUCAUGGCGUUCGUGGCGCGCCCGACCAUCCUGCGGCUGAUGCGCGACGUGCCGGAGGGCGCGUUCCUCUGCGAGGCGCGCCUCGUGGCCGUGCUGCUCAUCACCAUCACCUGCAGCUUCGCCGGCGAGAUCCUCGGCCUGCACGCCACGUACGGCCCCUUCAUGCUGGGGCUCAUGCUCCCCGGCGGCGCCCCGCUCGGGGUCACCCUGGCGGAGCGGCUGGACCGCCUGGUCGCCGGGGUGCUCAUGCCACUGCUGUUCGCGCAGGGCGGCAUGAGGAUGGAUAUCUUCAAGCUGGCCGACGCCUCGACGUGCCUCCUCCUCGAGGUGUUCCUCGUCGUCGGCGCCGUCUCCAAGUUCGUCUUCUGCAUGCUGCCGUGCCUCUACUUCGGGAUGUCGCACGAGGAAGCCUUCCUCAUCGGCCUCAUGAUGAACUUCAAAGGCAUCACCGAGGUCGUCUACGCCUCCGCGUUCAUGGACGCCAAGGUGUUCGACGACCAGGUGUACACGACCUUCAUGAUCAACGUGCUGGUGGUGGGCGCGACGACGGCGUCGCUGGUGAAGCACAUGUACCACCCGGAGGAGAAGUACGUGGCGUACCGGCGGCGCACGGUGCAGCACAAGAAGCUGGGCGAGGAGCUGCGGCUGCUAGCGUGCGUGCACUCGCAGGCCGACGUGGAGCCGAUGCUGGCGCUGCUCGACGCGUCCAGCCCGACGCCCGCGUCGCCGAUCGCGGUGUACCUCCUCCACCUCGCGCCGCUCGCGGGGCUCACCACCUCCGUGCUCCGCCCCUUCAAGCGCGGCGACCGCAACUGCACGCCGUCGGGCGGCACUGACGCGGAGCGCAUCGUCAACGCCUUCCAGUUCUUCGUGCAGCAGCGCCCGCUGGGCUCCGCGUCGCUGCUCCCCUACGUCUGCAUCGCGCCCUACGCCACCAUGCACGACGACGUCUGCGCCGUCGCGCUCGAGAAGCGCGCCACGCUCAUCGUCGUGCCGUUCCACAAGCGCCUCGCCAUCGACGGCUCCGUCGAGAACACCACGGCCAACGCCGGCGCCGUCCAGGCCGCCAACAUCAACGUGCUCAACUACUCCCCCUGCUCCGUCGCCUUCCUAGUCGACCGGGGCAGCCUCUCCGUCGUGCCCGCCGCGGCGCCCGUGGGCGACGCCGACGGGUACCCCCACCGCGUCGCGAUGUACUUCCUCGGCGGGCCGGACGACCGGGAGGCGCUCGCGCUGGCAGCGUACAUGGCGGAGGACGCGCAGAUCGGGCUAACCGUGUUCCGGUUCGUGCUGCCGCCGGAGUGGCGCAAAGGCGGCGACCUCGAGGAGGACCGGCUCGACGACGAGGCGGUGGAGGAGCAUGUCCGGCGGGGGGUCGAUGACCGACGGCUCGUGUACAGCGAGAACGUGGUCAGUGGCUCCGACGAGAUGGUUGCUGUCAUCCGGAAGGCGAGCCCGGCAUCCGACCUGCUGAUCGUCGGCCGGCGAGCGGAGAGCCCGGAGUCGCCGCUGACGGCCGGCAUAUCGGACUGGAGCGAGCACAUGGAGCUCGGCGUCCUCGGGGAUCUCCUCACGUCGACGGACUUCGGGUGCCGAGUGACGACAUUGGUAGUGCAGCAGCAGACUAGGGCGGCCGCCGGCGAAGUCAGCCGGUCGCCGCGGCCUGAAUCUGACGGCCACGUCUGAAAAGAACCAUGCAACUUUGUUUAGCUUCUCUCUAGUUGUAAGCUGUAACCAUAAUCAUUGUACUGUGCGUAGCAUCUUGGCAGCUAGUUUGCAUUUGAAAGAAAAACGAGAAACACACUACGACUCACAGCUCCACACAA